UAGCAGUUCUGUUGGGGAAUAAUAUUAUUGUUGUGCACCGUGUUGUUGACGCGUCCGAGAGAGUGUGUGACAACCGCUGAAGGCCGCGAAGCAAUAUCAGCUCGCCAGCCCCCACCCUCCCCUCCGUCGGUGUGGAUGGGCAGCAAGACGACACCGAAGGAAGGCGUUUGUGCUUACCGAAAUUCGGUCCGACUGCGCUCGCUAGUGCCGGAAUGCUAAAGCAAGUGACGAUGAAACAUUCACGGAAGGUUCCAUCGGCAAUGUAAUGCAGCAGCAGCAACAGCAACGGUGGACGAUUGUUGGCCACAUCAUCAGGACGAAAGGGUUUUAAGGCGGGACAUGCCUUGGUUUGCGCACGUGCGCACCGUGCAGUAGUGUGUAGCAGUGCGCAGCAACGGCUCUGAUGCUGCAAAAGCUUAAAGCUUUGCCACCCGAAACGCAAGUGUGUAGAUGCGCGCAACAGCGAACCCGCUAAAGACUGGAAUGUGAGUCGAUUGAAGGAUAGAGGACACACACAUACACGAAUUUUGUGCGUACAUGAUUGGCGAUAGGCGAUAGUCUGUUAACCAGUAAGGACAUUCCCGGAAGAGUUGGAACCGUGCAAGUGUGUGUGCGUGUGCGUGUGUGGGGUGUGCUUGUCAUAUAUAGAGUUUCCGUCCCGGGUCCGGUCCGGGUUUUACGGUACGUGGACGGUGCCGAGGGUACGAGGGUAUUUUAAAUGGUGCGAGAGCGUUUAAACAAGCACACAAACAUGCAACAUACAACCAAGCUAGACAGUGCACAAGAACUAAAGAGAAAAACGUACUUUACUAUACGGUUUCAAGCGAGACGUACUUAAUCCGGUGGUCUAGAUGAACGAACCGUCUGGCCUGGCUGCUCCGUGAGCUGUUGCUUUACUGUUCCGACCCAGGACGCAAGGGACACGAUCGUCUGCGGAUCAGAGGCGUCGUCGGGUUUUGUCGUCCUUUUUUUUUUCGAUUGACACGUAGCUAGAUGAAAUUAUACCCUAACCACCCGACACCCCGUGUGUGUAGUUAGCCGUAAAAGAAAAGAGCGGUAUUGCGGUGUAGAACGUCCGUAAGCGGAAAGUGGUGAAUAGUGUUUGGAGCAUACCCCACAAAGUUAGGCCCGGAAAAUCUUGCGACAAACGCGUAGCACACCAAAGCAUUCAGCUAUACGGGGGCAGGGCACGGCGGUGACGGUGAGGGCCUGGAAGAGGCGCAAGACCAGCGGGCGGAUUAUGGACAGUAGUAUGGUCGAGGAGAACGGUUCCUCGGCGAUAGGCGAUCCGCUCGGUGGUGGUGGUGGUGGUGGUAGUGGUGGUACCGGCCCAAACGCAACCGGUUCGACGGUCGGUGAGGCGGUGACCGGCGGGGGUGGUCGUGGCCCCGCGUCUGGCGUUGGUACGCAGCAUCCAAACGAGCUAAUCAAUACCUCCAACAACGGCAGCACCGACAGCAGUACGGCAAUAACGGUGGCAGCAUCUACCGGUGAAGGUGGUGGGGGCGGAGGUGGCGGCGGCGGCGGUGGUGGUGGUGGUCCGGCUGGUAAGGGUGCGGUCGUAACCGGAAGCGGCGGUGCAGGAUUGGUGGGUGUGUUAGGGACGGCCGGGUCUGGCAACAGCAGCACGGUGACGGUCGGUGGUGCCGCCGGUCCAGAAGUGACGCUAGUGCCGGCAGCAGCAGCAGCGGUAACCGCCACCGGUACCAACAUUGUCCAGCUACUGUCGACAUCGCAAUCGCCCGGGCAGGCACAAUCUGUUAUACAGCAGAACCAGCAGUCUGUUAUACAAACGGCGGCAGGCAACGUGCCGAUAGCGAGAAGUGUACUAUUAGUGUGUAACAAACCAAACUCCGUGAUCCACACAACUACGGGCAAUUUGCAAACCAUACACAUCAAACCCGAACCGCACAUCGUCACCGGAUCCGGUAGCAUUAUGACCGACACAAACAGCGACGAUACACUCUCGGACGAGGAAGCGUCUCCGAAGAAGCGGAGAGACCUGCUAACAAGGCGACCAUCCUAUCGUAAGAUAUUGAGCGAUCUCGGCGGAGCGGAAAUCGCCAACACCCCGAGCGAUGGUUCCGGCCUGCACACGAUAGCGACACCUGGUGGUGUGGUGCAAUAUUCCCAGCCCCAGGAGGGCAUUUACGUACCUCAUAUUUUUCCCAACACAGUCAUGGGCGGUAACGUGCAGCUGGAGGAUCAGUCGCGCAAGCGGGAGAUGCGGUUGCAGAAGAACCGGGAAGCGGCCAGGGAGUGUCGCCGGAAGAAGAAGGAGUACAUCAAGUGCCUAGAGAACCGGGUGGCGGUGCUGGAGAACCAAAACAAGGCCCUAAUCGAGGAGCUGAAGUCGCUGAAGGAGCUGUACUGCCAGCAGAAGAGCGACUGAACGUCACCGGCCGGCGGUGGCGGCGGCACGGUUACUGCCAGCGUCGCGGUCGAGGCAGACCGGCAGCAGCGUGAACGUGUGGAACCGGUCCCAGACAACAGCUUACCUGCCGCUAGUCCAUAGUGUCACACUGGCACGACAGUAUGGCCGUCGAGCAUCUGCGUAACGACGGCAGGCAGUGUAAUCCUCCGUAUGGAGCACGCCGCGCCCAGUUGACAGUUUUGCGAAUCCUAUCUCGAUAUAGCACCCGUGUUUGUGUGUGUGUGUGUGUGGGGAUGCGUGUCUGUGCCGCAAAGCCGCAACGAUCGAAGACUAGAUGCCAGAUUUCAAGAUACUAGUUUAAUCCUUGCAACACUUGUUGUCGCAGAACCAGACCGACUGGUUCCCGCAUAACUGUUGAAGGUGACGAACCAUCUCAUCUUUAUUUUUAUACACCAUAGAGUUUGUGCCCCCGGUUAAAACAUAUGGGAAAAGCAUAGGGGUUUAAACAGUUGCCGCCACCUGCACAACGAUUUUUAUUUUUGAUUGAAAAGCUUACCCAAACCGUGAUUCGUACCGGCAUCUUGUUAUCUAGGGCGUAACGCCUUACCGUUACGCAUAGUGGUGUGUAUGGAUUUUUCUCCUUUAAAAUUUGGCACCGUUACCGCUGCUUGCCAACGCUCGCUUUGGCAACCAACCUGUUCAGCCACCGCUCCAAAGUGACUAACAUUAACAGAAUUGUACAGACAAGGGAUAUUUUUAAAUUAUUAUUUUUUUAAACAGCGCACCACACGCGCCAUUGUUCUGCCUUUAUAUCGGCUAGAUUAGGAGUUAUUGGUUUAAUGCUUGUGGCAACCGGGAAAGGAAGGAAGGAACGGUCGUUUGUUUGUUCACGAUUCUACCGAUUCCGUGUGACACAAACGGAUGUGUACAGAAAGUUAGGUUACUAUGAGUUAUGGCUACCACUACUACCACCCCUGCACUACUUAAGCGAUCCCAUUUUUGGCUAGACGAAUGCCUCUGCCGGAUGAUUCGGAUGGGAGGAUUUCCGAUGCUGCAGUCGAUACUUUCGUUUGCCAUAGGUAUUUUAGUGUUCAAUGUUACAUUGGCGCCUUUCUUUUAUGUUUCCCCCCUUUCCCCCGUAUACACGCAGACACACAUGCAUGCUUUAAAUCAGAACUAGUGCAAUUCCGGAUUCCGGGGCUCCUACACAUAGAGAUAUUGUUUUAUUUUUUUUUAACCGCAAAAACGUAACUUUUCCCCCGGGAAAACUCAAACGAAAGCGAAAAAUAGCCUCCCCCCCGUCACGCGGGGGUGUACCGUUGGUUAGCUAGUGUACAGAGACUUUGGGGCGACGUCGAGACUUCAUCCGUCUCGUACCACACAAUGUAUGAUGUAGAUACUUCUUGCGGAAGAGAUCGACCCGAAAAAAAAACAGCUAGGACACAACAAAACCGAAAGCGCGCGCUAGCUUUAAGAAACAAAAAAUAGGAAGUGAUGGAACACAUGGAGAAAAAACGGAAAAACAAAAUGGGAAAUUGAGAACACACAAAGCAGGGGGAUGCGAAACAUUGUUGAGGAAUUGAGUUUGUUUUAAUGAGGACACAGUGAACGAACGCUAAAAGAAAAAAAAAACAAUCCCGAAGAUAAUUAGUGUGUAUGUGUGUCUGUUUGGUUAACUGUUUGGUGUGUAGCAAAUCAAAAAAAAAAAACGAGGCAAAUUUGUGUACAGAGCCAACCAACAACUGAAGCAGGUCCGAUUUAUAUCUCAAACAAAAAUUCAAAGUUGGUGGAGAAACGUUGCGUAAAAGAAAGGAACACUUGACCAAACACCCGCUAAAAUGGCGAACGAUUUUAUUGAUAUGUGUGUGUGUGUGUGGGCACGCGACAUGCAACAAUCGUAAUCAGGAUACUUGUUACUGUA